ACGGUCGCAUUUACUGUCGUCAUACAACGCGACUCUGAUACAGGAAGUGCUUUAAGCACUCGGAUGCGUGUAGCAAUAUCUUUUCAUGAUGCUGGAUGACAGUGAAUUCGCAACGUUGAGAAACAGAUUCCAAAAAAAUGCCGAGUUACUCAUGCAGGCAACAAACACGUCGCUCGACGAAGACAAGUGUCCAGGAGAAAAAGAUGUCAGACCUCUCCCCCGAAUUAACAAGCACUCUGUUUUCUGGAUUGUGGCGUCUAUCACUGUCACCUACUAUGUGGAUUUCUUUCGUGUCAUCAUUGAGAAUAAUGACAUAAAGAGUUGGUGGUUUAGUGUGGGCCUGCUUCUUCUUGGGAUUUGCCUCUGUCUGGCCAUGUUUUGCAUUGUGUACCUGGAGUGGUUCAGAGGAAUCGUGCACUAUGACCAAGAGUACCCUGCGAUCCCUCCUAUCACCACUGCUUCAUUCAUUGCUGCAUCAUGCAGUUUUAACAUUGCACUUUGGCCUGUCUGGUCCUUUUUCACUCCGCUCAUCCUCUUCACACAGUUCAUGGGUGUGAUCAUGAUGAUUUCUUUGCUUGGAUGAAUGUGACAGUAAUACAUGAUGAUGAAGAAAAGAUGGACCACAUGAAGAUUAAGCCAAAGCAGCUCGAUGGAAUUCAUAAACUGGUCUCUUCUGUUCUAUGUGACAAGGAAGAUUUGAAGUGAUUUUUUUUUUUAUUUUAUUUUAUUCCCCCCCCCCCGUGUAAAUUUUUUGAAUAGAGCACUGACUUGUCAAGAUAUGACAGACCACCAACAAAAUUUCUUGACAUGCAUUUUUUUUUUAAACAAUACUCCAUUAAGUGUUUUGUUCCUUUCAAUAAACUUGUACUGCUUUAGAUUUUUUUUUUUUCAAACUUCAAA